AUGAAAGAACGUAGCCGGCAGAAGAAAAAGGAUCUCAUUGCACAGAAAAAGCCACGCGCCGAGAGCCCAAAGAUGGAGGAAAAUGAGGAAGAAGAGCGUGACACAUCAUCUAGAGCGGCAACGAGUGAGAGUCCAGAAGCAAUGGAGCAGGAGGAGGAGGUUCCAGAAGUUGCUAUGAAUCAAGAUCCAAUGGUAGCAGUGGCAUCAACUUCCAACCAAGUAGCCAGCGUGGAUCCGGCCGGCGGAAGUUUUGAAAAUCAUCUAUUACUUCGAUCAGUGUUUCGUCAAGGAAAAUCACUCAAGUAA